CCGACCCACAAUUAUAGCAAUAGUAAACACGAUACAAACACGCUCUAGGCUCACUCUCGACAUGUUGUUCCUGUCCGCCAUACUAUUUGUUGUGACGUGCAGUGCCGAUAUUAAUACACAAAAAAGGCCAAAUAUAAUACUUAUAAUAGCUGAUGAUUUGGGCUGGAACGAUGUCAGUUAUCACGGUUCGAACCAGAUUCCAACCCCCAACAUCGACGCGUUGGCUUACUCCGGGCUGGCUCUCAAAAACUAUUACGUGCUGCCAAUAUGCACGCCUUCCAGAGCCGCACUAAUGACGGGGAAAUAUCCCAUACAUACAGGUAUGCAGCACGGAGUUAUUUACGGCGCGGAACCUAGAGGUUUGCCGCUAUCAGAAAAAAUACUGCCUCAGUAUCUAAAAGAACUUGGAUAUAAAACACAUUUAAUUGGAAAAUGGCACCUGGGCAGUUAUAAGAAAGAAUAUCUUCCCUACAACAGAGGGUUCGAUACGCACACUGGUUUCAGUACGGGCAAAAUAGACAUGUACGAUCACACCAACGUCGAACGUGGGUCGUGGGGAUUUGAUUUCAAAAGAGAUACAGACGCACUAGUAUCUCAUGACUUAUUCGGGGUAUAUGCAACUGACAUAUACACAGAUGAAGCAAUCAAGGUGAUAAAAUCCCACAACAAAACCCAGCCGCUGUUCCUCAUGGUGGCACACUCGGCAGUCCACAGCGGCAACCCGUACGAGCCGAUACGAGCUCCAGAGGAUAUCAUUGAGAAGUUCUCUUACAUUAAGGACAGACAGAGGCAAAAAUUCGCUGGUGUUUUAGCUAAAUUAGAUGAGUCGGUAGGUAAAGUGGUAGCUUCAUUGCAAUCUGACGGACUGCUACAGAAUUCGAUCAUCAUAUUCAGCACAGACAAUGGUGGUCCCGCGGAAGGAUUCAAUAGUAACGCGGCAUCUAACUACCCAUUGAGAGGGGUCAAAAAUACAUUAUGGGAAGGCGGGGUACGUGGCGCGGGCGCUCUGUGGAGUCCGUUUCUGGCGAAUAAGAGUCGAGUGGCAACACAACGGUUACAUAUAUCAGAUUGGCUUCCUACUCUGUACGCUGCAGCGGGAGGAAACACCAGUAUCUUUGAGAAUAUCGAUGGUAUUGACCAAUGGGAGGCACUGUCCAAAAAUACCGAGUCCGAACGGACGAGCGUGUUGCAUAAUAUUGAUGAUAUCUGGGGUAGUGCGGCUGUGACUGUUGACCAGUGGAAGUUAGUCAAAGGUACAAACUACAAUGGUAAAUGGGACUCGUGGUACGGUCCAGGUGGUAGAGAAGGUAGCUAUGACGUCGAGUUGGUUUACAAUGCACCAGCUGGCCGAGCUAUUCAAGAACUCGGUCUCAUGCCGGAUAGGAAGAAAAUUCAGGAGUUGCGGGACGCAUCGACGAUCAAAUGCAAGGAACCUGUGUCAUCAGUGGAAUGUAAAAUCUUAGAGGCACCAUGUUUAUUCAAUAUCGACGAAGAUCCGUGCGAGUACACAAAUUUGGCUGACAAACAUCCAGAAGUUCUCCAAAGGUUACUCAAAGAGUUAAGCCAGUUCAACAGCACAGCGGUGCCGCCAAACAACAAGCCCUUGGACCCCAGUGGAGACCCCAAGUUCUGGAGUAGAAUGUUCAUCAACUUCGGUGAUUAUGAACGAACCGCUACUAUAGAAUUGUAAAUUAUAGAUGAUUAAAAUAUUAAAAAACUUAAACUAAUAUGAUACUAUUGGUCUGGAUGUUAUCAUAUUUGUUUAAGGUUUUUAAGUUG